ACCCUAGAAUGGUUUAUUUCACUUUUUCCCUUGAGACUAAUAAUUCGUCUAUCCUUUCAGUGAUUAAUGGCGGCUUCAUCCGUACUCCGUUUGGUUCAGUGGAAAUGUGACGCCGCCGUAGUAUCUGCAAAUUGGCCCUCUCCAACGGUGGCCGUCGGAUCUCGGAUCCGUUUCUUUCCUCGUCGGUCGCAAAUUGGGUCUUCAAUUCGAAUUUCGAAUUCCGGAUCUCCCUAUUGGCCUUCUCCUCCAAAAUCGGCGGCGGCGGCGGCGGUAUCGAGUUCGCCGUGGCUGAUGUUGCCACCAUCUUUUGAUGAAGAAACUGAAAAAAUGACGGCUUACAAUUUCUACAGCAUCGCCCAAGACAAAGUAGUCACUAUCAAAAAACCUAUGACGUUAUCAGACGAAUUGCUGGACGACGACGCGGCAGUGGUCGGAUCUUCGCACGGGUGGCUGUGCCUAUUCAACAGAUCAACCACUUUCGACGAUCUAAUCCUCUAUAACCCACUCACGCGCCGCCACAUCGAACUCCCAUCCGUCAACAUCUACAACCUCCAGGGCAACAACAUAGGUUUCCACAGCCACCACACUCAGUGGGUAACCAGGGUCGUCAUUUCCUCCUCCACCCCCGACGACCAAGACUGCCGCGCCCUCAUGAAUUACAACGUGGGAAAUCGAUUGGCCUUCUGCUGCCCCGGCCACACCUCCGGCUAUUGGACUCCGAUCGGCGAAACACACCUAAAACUCGACGACCACCUUUACGGGAGGAACUACGAAGAUUUCGUCUACUCCCCGAAACAAAACCUCUUCUACUGCGUCACCGCUUUCGGCGAUUUCGAGGCUUGGGAUCUCCGGGACCCACAUUCUCCAACCAUGACUCCUGUCAUCCUCUCGUCAGACAAAAACAACUACCCUCGCGCCGCCAGCUCCGAGGAGGAGCUGAAUCUCAAAAGGUCGUGCGUCUCUAGGAAAUACCUUGUCAUAGACGAAGAAACCGACCAACUUUACCAUGUGAGGCGCUUCGUCAAGGACACAAUACGGUCGUUCUCUAUGCUCUACUAUAACAGCCCGAGCGACGAAGUCGACUACGAAUUCAGUAAUCCGUACAGGACUGUUGGUUUCGAUGUACAUAGAGUUGAUCUUGAGAAAGGGGAGUUGAGUUACAUGGACGGUGGCUCGUUGGACGGGCUCGCCAUGUUUGUCGGCCCCAACUAUUCGUUUGCAUUGCGGGCCAGUGAAUACCCGGAAUUGAAGCCCGAUUCUAUUUAUUUUACGGAUGUUUUUAGUCCGCCGUAUUGGGAUAACGGCAUCUAUGGCGGCCACGAUGUAGGCAUUUUCAACUACCGAGAUCGGACUGUUUCGUCGUGCUAUUAUCCCGUUGACGAGGUUAGUAUAAGAAGGAUUGUGCCGUCUCCUGUUUGGUUCACUCCAACGACAACCCAACUUUAAGAUUAUUAUUAUUAUUAUUAUUAUUUUCUCUUAUGUUUAUCAAAUAUUCUUGGAUUAUUAUUAUGUUCUAUUUUGUUUUUGCUUGUUUUUGGAUAAAUGAAUGGGUGAUUUGUUUGAGAUUGUGGUUUUGUUUAUCAUAGUUUAUUUUGUUUAAUCAUAAGAUGUCAAAUGUUU